CAGUUUAUUUGUAUAGCCCAAUUUCACAAAUUACAAAUUGGUCUCGGAGUGCUUUACAAUCUGUACACAUAGACAUCCCUGCCCCAAAACCUCACAUCGGACCAGGAAAAACUCCCAAAUAACCCUUCAGGGGGAAAAAAAGGGAAGAAACCUGCAGGAGAGAACAGAGGAGGAUCCCUCUCCAGGAUGGACAGAACAAUAGAUGUAAUGUGACCAGAAGGACAGAUUUAGAGUUAAAAUACAUUCAAUGAAUAUGACAGAGUGUAUGAAUAGUUCAUAGUAGGCAUAUUCCACGAUGGAGACCUCCACGAUCCAUCAGGCAGAUGGCGGUGGGGAGGAGGAGUGGGCGGAGUCUCAACAGUGGGCGGAGUCUCAAUAGGGCAGUGGCGUCGUUAUAUAUCGUACAUAUGGGUUAUGAUAUGUGAAACAAAUCAUUUCACUCAAACAUAUUACAGAAGGCUUGUUUGACUGCCUCAGUAAUGAGAGGGGAUGGUUCUCAGGCUACAUGCUGAUUGGGUAUUCAUAAAUGACGUCAUACACGUCUCACUGUGACAUGUAGAACUGCAUUCACACACGAUGUUGUGAAUACAUGUAUACCACUACUUUUUUGGUGUAACUUUAUUUUGAAAGAGCGCACCGGAACAUGCCUUGGUGCGUCGUGUGCGCGUGACAGGGCCCUCACACCGCGGACCGUCACGCGCACACGGCGCUCCCAUCUCAACCUGCGACGAGCAUCACCGACGAGCAUAAAGCAGACGCGUCCGGAAGCAGCAGAAGAAGCAGAAGCCGCCGCCGCACCGGUCAGUCAGUCGGUGGUCGUGAUUUAGCACCGGAGCCUCCACCGUUACCGGCCGCUGGUGCAUCACUGGAGACGGUAGCCGCUCCCCUGACACCGUGCUACGCUCGCGCUCCCUCCAACUGCACGCGACGCCGUCAAACAUGGCCUCCACCAAGAUCGAUAAGGAGGCUUGCAGAGAGGCUUACAACCAGGUCCGGGACGACGGCAGCGACGUCACCUGGGCCGUGUUCAAGUACGAGGGCGCCAUGAUCCUGCCCGGGGGCCAGGGGGCGGACUACGAGGACUUCAAGAGCAUGUGCACAGAUGACACCCGUCUGUUCGCCUUCGCCCGCAUCACGAUGGGCGACGCCAUGAGCAAGAGGGCCAAGUUCAUCCUCAUCACCUGGAUCGGCGAGAACAUCGGCGGCCUGCAGCGCGCCAUGAUCAGCACCGACAAGACGCUGGUCAAGGACAUCGUGCAGAACUUUGCCAAGGAGUUCAUGUUCAGUGACCCGAGGGAACUGGAUGCAGACAACAUCCGCAUGGAGCUGAAGAAGGCGGGCGGGGCCAACUACGACGCUCAGGCCGAGUAGAGGGCGCCGAGGGCCACCGGGGGGGGGGGGGGUGUACGUCUUCCUCCUAAUAACCAGACACGUUCACGCCGCCUGAUGUCGGCUCAUUAGAAAACUAAUUCAACAACCAAUUAAUGUAGUCCCAGCUUCAGGGUCCCGGUGCUGCUGGUGCACCUCCAAGGGGCCGCUUCAGAACCGUCAGGGUGCUCUGUGGCUCGUGUCCCUGGCAUCGAGGCUCGUCUUGCACAAUGUGAUUGUUUUGAUCGCGUCGGCUCAGAAAAAUCUAACUUGUUUCGGGAAAAGAAUACGACCCUCAUUUGAACAACGCAAGCAAAUGUAUAUUGACGUGCAAAAGACCCCCCCCCCCCCCCUUAAUAUGACAGGCUCGAUAGCACUUUCUGGUCUGUGUGGUGUUCAGCAGUGGGUUAGCUUAGCAUAAAGAAACGGGGAAAGGGCUAGCCUGUCCUGAGCUAACGGAACCGGCUCCUCUAAAGCUGAUGAACACAUGUUGUGUCCUCAGUGGAACAACAACGCCAAAGCAGCUAACGGUCAGCGCCCGUUAGCUGGAGACGUACGGCGCCCAAUUGACAUUUUACACUUUGAUUUUGUAUCAAUUAAACAAAUCUGAUACAAUGUCUCAAUGAAUGAGCACGAGAGGUGUUGGUGUUGGUGUGUCCCCCCCCCCCCCCCCCCCGUUUUUUUGGUCAGCCAUGCUAGCUCCUUCCCUCCAUUUGCAGUCUUUGUGCUAAGCUAACUAGCUGCUAGCUUCAGGACCGUGGUAUCGACUCACAAAGAAAUAACAAGAAAGCAAAGAAGCCAAUUCCCCAAAAGCUCUUCCUUUUAAAAAUGUCCGCCGCCGUGUUAGCCCUCUGGCGUCUCACCAGCUCAAACUGGCCUCUCAGCUCGCGGUUAUCUCCUGUGCAUCUCAUCCUCAUCUCAGCUGGGCUGCAGUCGAGCAACAGGAAGUUGCGUUAGCGGCGGAUGUAUGUCACGAGGUCUCCCUUCUGACGGGACGCUCCUCGCCGUGAGGCCCUGUUCCCCUCCACACCCUGGGCGAUGGCCGGCGGCCGCUGGAGUAGAUGAUCCCGCGUCAUGCCGCUAAGUACCCGUUAGCUACCACGUGUUCUCCAGCCAGCUGUGUCGUGUCCCUCCCGUGUCCCGUGCUUCGUGCUGUGAAUCCUCUCCAGUCCGACUGUCUUCUCUUUGUGAUCAUUUACGGACCUGAUUUUUAUGCACUUUUUACUCCUUCCGUUUUUUUGUGAGCCGGCGUCCCGCCUGGCGACGUGCCAGAUGAAGACAGAAGCCUGACAUGCCGCAGGGCGAGCGGUGAAUGUUAUCCCAAAGGAUUCCCAGGAGGGAGAUGUUUCCACGCUCUGCCGCUCCAAGGUGUCCGUGCCGACUGUAACAUACUGUGUUUGACUGCCUUCGCCUCCCAGGGAGAGGGGCAUCAUGGGAGCUUGUGAACUCUACACUGUGAUUGGCUGUCUUCCUCACAUGGGACUUUGAUCUGCACAUGGCUCAUUACCAGCCUGGGCUCUCUGUCCCGGCCCGGAGGAGCCGUGUCUCGGUUGGAGCAUCUCUUGUUCGUGUGGUUUCAACCCUCUCUCCCCCCCCCUCCCUGCAAAAAAGAGUUACUUGAUGUUUUUCUUGUACUUUUUUUUUUUGCCGAUUAAUUAUAUUUUCUGUGAAGUGUUUUACCUUUUUGACUUUAUUUGUAAGAGCAUUGCUAUUGGUCAUAGGCAGAAGAGAUUUCAAAAAAACAAAAUGUUUAAAAAAAGAACAAUUCAAACUGAGGUCAGUCAUUUCAAAAUAAAAUUGAUGUUUUUUCCAAAAUC